AUUAUGUUGCAAACACAAGAAUAAUUGCAAACUGUAUGUGAUCCAAUGAUAGCUGGACAAGUCAGUAAGCCCUUGCUGUCACUGCGGAGUGAAAUGAAUGCAGAGUUGAGAGGUGAGGACAAGGCAGCUACUUCAGACAACGAGCUGAAUGAGCCCUUGCUUGCGCCUGUGGAAUCAAAUGACAGCGAGGACACUCCCAGCAAGCUCUUCGAGGCCAGAGGAAACACAGUGCUGCCUGAUACGAGCCCAGCAGACCAGCACCAACCCAGUCAGUCCCAUCCUACAUUCCCUGUUGGGCCACAGCCACUACUGACAGCCCAGCAGUUAGCCUCAGCAGUAGCAGGGGUGAUGCCAGGAGGCACUCCAGCCCUGAAUCAGCCAAUCCUCAUUCCUUUCAACAUGGCUGGGCAGCUGGGGGGCCAACAAGGACUCGUCCUAACUCUACCUACAGCAAAUCUCACCAACAUCCAAGGGCUGGUAGCAGCAGCUGCAGCAGGAGGCAUCAUGACUUUGCCAUUGCAAAAUCUACAAGCUACCUCAUCCCUGAACUCCCAGCUUCAACAGCUUCAGCAUCUUCAGCAGCUCCAGCAUCAACAGCAGCAGCAGCAGCAAAGCCAGCAGCAGCAGCAAGCUCAGCAGGCACAGACUCCACAGCCAACCCAGCAGACCCAGCAAUCACAGCCACAGCCAUCAGCAGCACCACAGCAGAGCCAAACACAGCCCCAGAGCCAGAGCCAACCGCCUCCAGCCUCACAGUCCUCCAGCUCCCCUCAGAAACCCAGCCAGUCACCAGGGCAUGGCCUUCCAUCUCCUCUUACUUCAUCAAAUCCAUUGCAGCUGGUUAAUAAUCCACUCGCAAGUCAAGCAGCAGCAGCUGCAGCCGCAGCAGCCAUGGGCUCAAUAGCAAACUCCCAAGCCUUUGGAAACGCCCUCUCCAGUCUUCAGGGGGUCACAGGCCAACUCGUCACUAAUGCACAAGGACAGAUUAUUGGAACAAUCCCACUGAUGCCUAACCCAGUCCCGUCCAGCCAGGCGGCAGGUGGAGCUCAGGGACUCCAGGUGCAGCCGAUAACUCCACAGUUAUUGACCAAUGCCCAGGGUCAGAUCAUCGCCACCGUCAUCGGCAACCAGAUACUGCCAGUGAUCAAUACCCAGGGAAUAACACUAUCGCCGCUCAAACCAGGCCAGCAGCUCCAUCAGCCCUCCCAGACGCAAGUGGGACAAGCAGCCUCACAAUCCAAUCUCCUGCAUUUGGCUCACAGUCAAGCAUCUAUGUCUCAAAGCCCAGUGCGUCAGGCUUCCUCUUCUUCCUCCUCAUCCUCCUCCUCUUCAGCUUUGAGUGUUGGCCAGUUAGUCAGCAAUCCUCAGACAGCCACUGGAGAGGUGGAUGGGGUAAAUCUGGAAGAAAUACGAGAAUUUGCCAAAGCUUUUAAAAUCCGGCGCCUGUCCCUUGGCCUGACACAAACUCAAGUUGGCCAAGCCCUAAGCGCCACCGAAGGCCCAGCCUAUAGCCAGUCUGCCAUCUGCAGACACACCAUCCUGAGAAGCCACUUUUUCCUACCACAGGAAGCCCAAGAGAACACUAUAGCUAGCAGUCUGACAGCCAAACUGAACCCUGGCCUUUUGUAUCCUGCCAGGUUUGAAAAGCUGGACAUCACCCCUAAAAGUGCCCAGAAGAUAAAGCCGGUGCUUGAGCGGUGGAUGGCUGAGGCUGAGGCCCGCCAUCGAGCAGGGAUGCAGAACCUUACCGAGUUUAUCGGGAGCGAACCAUCCAAAAAGCGCAAGAGGCGUACCUCAUUCACGCCACAGGCCCUUGAAAUCUUGAAUGCCCACUUUGAGAAGAACACGCAUCCCUCUGGGCAGGAAAUGACAGAGAUUGCAGAGAAACUGAACUAUGACCGGGAAGUAGUUAGAGUUUGGUUCUGCAAUAAGAGGCAAGCACUGAAGAACACAAUUAAACGUUUGAAACAGCACGAGCCCGCAACGGCAGUUCCUAUGGAGCCUUUAACAGACUCUCUGGAAGAAAACUCCUAAAAGCAAAACAAAACAAAGCCAAAUCACACAGAACAAAAACCCACACCAACAGAAACGUGUCCAUUUGAACUCUGUGAA